CCCUUACCGUUCCUCACAGAUUUCUUCUUCUCACUCUCUUUCUCUCUUCCCAAACCCUAAUCGUGCCUCAGAUUCGGAGAACAUGUCAGGCUGGGAUGAAGGAGCCGUCUACUACAGCGACCAAGCGCUCGCCGGUGACGACGGCGCCGGCCUCCGCGGCGAUGGCGGCACCGAUUCGAACCACUCCCUCCUCCAGAAAUUCAAGGAGUUCAUCCGAAACUUCGAGACCGCCAACAACGUAUUCCCUUACAGAGAGAGCCUUCUCGAUAAUCCUAAGUUCCUUCUCAUCGAUAUCGGAGAUCUCGAUACCUUCGACUCUGACUUUCCCGCCAAACUCCGCUCCUCCNACGCCGAUAUCCUUCCACUCUUCGAAACCGCGGCGGCGCAGGUUCUCGUGAGUUUGAAGACGAAGGUGGCUGGGGACGCUGGAGAUAUGGAGGAUCCAUUGCCUGGUGAUGUUCAGAUUUUGCUCACUUCCAAGGAGGAUUCGGUGUCGAUGAGAUCGCUCGGGGCUCAAUAUAUAUCGAAGCUUGUUAAAAUUUCUGGGAUUACUAUUGCUGCAUCCAGGACUAAGGCAAAGGCUACUUAUGUUACUCUGGUGUGUAAGAAUUGUAAGAAGGGGAAGCAGGUUCCGUGCCGGCCGGGACUUGGGGGAGCAAUUGUUCCUCGGUCUUGCGAUCAUGUUCCUCAGCCUGGGGAAGAACCUUGCCCACUUGAUCCUUGGCUUGUGGUUCCAGACAAGAGUAAAUAUGUGGAUCAACAAACCUUGAAGCUGCAAGAAAAUCCAGAGGAUGUUCCAACUGGAGAGCUUCCUAGAAACCUGCUUCUCUCUGUGGAUCGUCAACUGGUUCAGACAGUAGUGCCUGGCUCAAGACUGACAAUAAUGGGAAUUUAUAGUGUCUACCAGGCUUCUAACUCUUCUGCAUCCCACAAAGGAGCUGUUGCAGUUAGACAGCCUUAUAUUAGGGUUGUAGGAAUAGAAGAAACAAAUGAGACCAAGUCUCGUGGUCUGGCUGCAUAUACUCAAGAUGAGAUAGAAGAAUUCAAAAAAUUUGCUGCUGAGCCUGAUGCAUAUAAAAAUAUCUGCUCCAAGAUUGCUCCAUCUAUAUUUGGGCAUGAUGAUGUCAAAAAGGCUGUGGCCUGUCUUCUGUUUGGGGGGUCAAGAAAGAAUUUGCCUGAUGGAGUCAGGUUAAGAGGUGAUAUCAAUGUAUUGCUUCUGGGGGAUCCAUCUACAGCAAAGUCUCAGUUUUUGAAGUUUGUUGAAAAGACAGCUCCUGUAGCUGUUUAUACUUCUGGAAAAGGCUCAUCAGCUGCUGGUCUCACAGCUUCUGUAAUCCGAGAUAGCAGCACGCGUGAGUUUUAUCUUGAAGGAGGAGCUAUGGUCUUGGCUGAUGGAGGUGUUGUCUGCAUUGAUGAGUUUGAUAAGAUGAGGCCAGAAGAUAGGGUUGCCAUUCAUGAGGCAAUGGAACAACAAACUAUAUCCAUAGCCAAAGCUGGAAUAACAACUGUUCUUAAUUCAAGAACUUCAGUUCUUGCUGCUGCCAACCCUCCAUCAGGACGUUAUGAUGAUCUUAAGACUGCACAGGAUAACAUUGAUUUGCAGACAACUAUUCUUUCUAGGUUUGAUUUAAUUUUCAUUGUGAAGGACAUAAGAAUGUACAGCCAAGACAAGAUAAUAGCUAAUCAUAUCAUAAAAGUCCAUGCAUCAGCUGGUGCAACAAUGGGUGAGAGCAGAACUUCUUCUAAAGAAGAUAAUUGGCUGAAGAGGUAUUUACAAUAUUGCCGAAAUGAAUGCCACCCUCGUCUAUCGGAAUCUGCAGCAACAUUAUUGCAGAAUCAUUAUGUGAAAAUCAGACAGGAUAUGAGGCAACAAGCCAAUGAAUCUGGAGAAGCUGCAGCAAUACCAAUUACUGUGAGGCAGCUGGAAGCUAUUGUUAGGUUGAGUGAGUCACUUGCAAAGAUGAAACUAUCUCAUAUUGCUACUGAGGAGAAUGUGCAAGAAGCAGUAAGGCUUUUCACGGUGUCUACAAUGGAUGCAGCGAAGUCGGGAAUAAACCAACAAAUAAAUCUUACACCUGAAAUGGCAAAUGAGAUAAAGCAAGCUGAAACUCAGAUAAAGAGAAGAAUUGGGAUUGGAAACCACAUAUCAGAAAGAAGGCUGAUUGAUGACCUCAGCAGAAUGGGAAUGAAUGAAUCUAUUGUGAGAAGAGCUCUUAUUAUAAUGCACCAGAGAGAUGAAAUAGAGUACAAGAGAGAAAGGCGUGUUGUAUUUAGGAAAGCAUGAUACAUCUAUUCCUCGACUCAUUAGGUAGUGGUUUGCAGAAUGCCAAGGAAUUCUAUUUUUUAUUUAGAGGCACUAUAAAAGACUGUUUAAGGGCAUUCAAUUGUUCUGUUUAUGUAUAAAAAAAUCUUUUUUUGGUUUUUUUCCUGUGUAAUGUUCGAUGUUAAAGCUGUCUUCCACAUUGCAAA